CUGCACCUGACCAUUCCCCAGUUACCUCAGACCUCUUCAUACACCUGUGUCUUCCUGGAACUAGACUGGAGCUCUCCAGUUUCCUUCUGGUAUUUUGGGGCCAUCUGUAAGACUCCAGAUUUCAGCAAGUUGGGAUUGUCCCUGGGCACAGAAGGUUUCCGAACUGUGACACUUGCACUCAACUCCACAGAGACCGGGAAGCUGUUUGUGACAAAGAGUUUUACAUUUUACAACUGCUCCAACUUUCACAGUUGCACAGUCUGCACAAACUCCAGCUUUGGGUGUGACUGGUGUGUCUAUGAUAAUGGCUGCUUUGAUGAGACGGGGACCUGCCAGCCUAGUAUUAUCAGAGGAAAGAGUAGCAUAAAACCUGGCAGACAUGGACCCCAGCACUGUCCACAGAUUGAUACCAAAAUGACUGAUGACAUUUUCCUGGCAGCUGGAGUGAAGAAAACGAUUUUACUGAAAGGCUACAACAUUCCGGAAGUGCAGGCUAAAUUCAGGAACUAUGAAUGUGUAAUAGACCUGGGAACUCAGAAGAUAACAACAGUAGCCAGACGUCAUGAUGAUAAAAGCCUGACAUGUGACAUUCCAGCGGUUUGGCCAUUGUCAGGCCCAAUUCAAGGAGGCACAAAUGUAACAAUAGAAGGACGAAAUCUGGGCUCCAAAUUUGAAGACAUUGAAAGGGCAGUAACUAUUGCAAAUGUUGGUUGCACACCUUUUCGAUCGCUCUACUCUCCAUCAAAAAGAAUUGUAUGUCAAACCAAAUGGAGAGGACAAGUCGCUGAUGGACCUGUUAUAGUACGGCUGGAGAAAGCAAUGAGCCAGUACCACACCAACUUCCACUAUAAAAGUCCCAGGAUUGAAGACAUAGAACCAAAGUAUGGACCAAAAUCUGGUGGGUCCAGAAUCACUAUCAAAGGUCGUGACAUGGACACUGGAGGUCAUCACGAAGCUUCCUUUGGGAAUGCCCCAUGUGUGGUCAUUAGAAGCCAUGUGACAAAUCAUUCCAUUGAAUGCAUCACUUCCAAAGUUUGGCACGCAGAGCCAAAAAAUCCAAUAAAAGUGUUCUUUGAUGGGAAGGAAUAUACACUCAAUAGAUUCUUUUUGUACAAGGAAGACCCUACCAUAACACGGAUAGCACCACUUGAAAGUAUUUUGGAGGGUGGUCGCAUUCUCACAGUAACAGGAACAGAGUUCUUAGCUGUUGAACAGCCAAAAAUGUUUGCAUAUGUUCCAACACUCAGUGGAGAAUACUACCCAACUAAUACAACUAUAUGUCAAGUCAUGAACAACAAUGUAAUGAAGUGUCCAACACCUCCACUGGCUGACUCAUUGAAAAAUAUCAUUCGUUCCAAGCGAGCAGAACAGACAGACCGCAAGCUGUCGCCAGUAAAGACAGUACAGCUUGGUUUCAUUAUGGAUGGUGUUAUGGCAGUACGGAAUCUGUCGUCCGUACCCAACUUGGACCAUGGACUCAGGUAUUACCCCAAUCCUAGGGUAUACAACUUCACCGAAUCCAGUGGAAUCAAGAUUCUCAAGGGUGAUGCUCUUAUUAUAGAGGGGGCAGACCUUAAUAUUGCUGCAGAAAAAUCAGAGGUGACUGUCAUGAUAGGAACAGCACCAUGCAAUGUGACAACAUUUUCUCAGUCACAGAUCGUCUGCAAGCUUCCCAGCUCUCAGCCUCAGAGUGUAGCAUCAGCGUCUGGAGAAAAAGACAGAAAAAGUUUACCCUAUGUCAAGGUGAAAAUAAACAACUUGGAGUUUAUUGUUGGCCGCGUUGAAUAUGACGUCCCUGAGACCUUCACCUUUCCCUCAGAAGCUAUUGCAGGCAUCGCAGCUGGAGGUGGCUUUCUCUUGCUGGUUAUUGUCCUCAUCCUGAUCAUCUACCGCAGACAGAGCACAAAAGCCGAGAGAAUAUACAGGAAGUUGCAGAUACAGUUGGAUAAUCUUGAAAGCAAUGUGAGGAAUGAAUGCAAGCAAGCUUUUGCUGAACUGCAGACAGAUAUGACAGAUCUAACCGGGGAUUUAGUCUCCAGUGGCAUUCCUUUCUGGGACUUUCACAGUUAUAUAUUCAAAGUUCUCUUCCCUGGAAUGACAGAUCAUAUUAUACUUCAUCCUCCAAUACAAAAGAAUGGUCGUUUUCAGUUUUCUGAUCAUGGCUUACAAUUAUUUCAUCAACUUUUGAGCAAGAAACUUUUUAUAACAACUUUUAUUCGCACUUUGGAAGAACAGAGAGCUUUCAGCAUCAGAGAUAGAGCCAAUGUGGCAUCAUUACUGAUGAUUGUCUAUCUCAACAACAUGGAGUAUGCAACAGAAAUCCUCAAGUGCCUUCUGGUAGAUCUUGUACACAAGUCUGUGGAAGGCAGACACCCCAAGCUAAUGCUCAGGAGGUCAGAGUCUGUGGUUGAAAAGCUUUUGACCAACUGGCUUUCUAUUUGUUUAUAUAAAUAUCUCAGGGAUUACGCAGGGGCAUCCCUGUUCAUGCUGUACAAAGCUAUCAAACUUCAGGCAGAGAAGGGACCUGUUGAUGCGGUGACAGGGGAUGCCAGAUAUUCCCUGUCUGAAGACACACUUCUGAGAGAAAAAAUAGAACCAAGAUUUAUUACACUUAAUGUGGAGAGUGGUGGAGAAAUUGUCCAAGUUCGUAUUCUGGACUGUGACACCAUCACACAGGCUAAAGAGAAAAUCCUUGACCAUAUUUAUAAAAAUAUUCCCUUCUCACAGAGGCCUAACAUCAGAGACCUGGAACUAGAAUGGCGUAAUGGCCCUACAGGUCCUUUGAUGCUAACAGAUAUCGACAUUGCCUCAUAUAACAAAGAUGGCUGGCGACGUCUGAACACACUUUCAUUUUAUCGUGUACAUGAUGGUGCAUACAUGACAUUGUUACACAGACAACAGACAGUCAAGUAUAUUAAUGGUUCCCUGGAUAACUCUGUGUUAUCUAUAGGUUCUGUAUCACCAAUACUCAAGAAAGACCAAGAUUCAGGUUUCAAAGAAUGGCACUUG